GAGAAGCUUAACAUUUGGACUGAACCACAGCAAUCAUGCCCCUUUGAUAGGAAACUUAAGAGGAAGUGGCGGCUUAAUCUGGGGAAGAGGAUCUGCUUGAUUUAUGCAAAAGCUACCUCCUUAAAGGGGACCAUGGUCAAGCAACGGAGGCAGUGGAGGUCUAUUUGCAAAGGCCUUGUGCUGGGUACCCUCCUGACCAGUUGCAUGAUCCUGUUAUACUGUCUGUCAUCACCACAGAUCCAGUUCAACUUGCCUGAAGUUCCUGUGCCUUAUUCUUGCGCACAUCGUCCGGCUCAAGCAUACGCGGCUCCGGACACAAACACCUCUCAACAUGGCCGGGAUCAGACGCUCUGUGUCCCUAAAGUGGACAUCAUGUUCAUGAAGACGCACAAGACAGCCAGCAGCACACUCCUCAACAUCCUCUUUCGCUUCGGGGAGAAGCAUCGGCUCAAGUUUGCCUUUCCGAGCAGCAGGAAUGACUUCUCCUACCCCUCCACCUUCCACCGCUUUCAGGUGAAGGACUACAAACCAGGGAUGUGCUUCAACAUCAUCUGCAACCACAUGCGUUUCAACGCCACUGAGGUGGCCAAGGUGCUCCCCAUGGACACAACCUACAUCACAAUCCUGCGAGAUCCGGCAGAACUCUUUGAGUCCUCGUUUCACUACUUUCACAACUUGGUACCUCUGACCUGGACUAUCCCAGGGGAGGAUAAGUUUGCUGAAUUCCUCAGAGACCCCAAAUACUACUAUGACUCGAAUGGCUACAACUCGUUCUACCUCAAGAACUUGCUCUUCUUCGACUUAGGGCAAGAUAACAAUUUGGAGCCGAGUGACCCUCAUGUGGAGGCGGGCAUCCAGGCCAUCACCAAACGCUUCCAGCUGGUGAUGCUGGUGGAGUACUUUGACGAGUCCCUUAUCUUGCUCAAGGACAUUCUCUGCUGGGAGAUGGAUGACCUGCUCUUCUUCAAACUGAACGCCCGCAUGGACUCGACCGUGUCAAAGAUGACUCCGGAGCUGAGGGCCAAGGCGCUUGAGUGGAACACCGCGGACUGGAAGCUGUACAAGCACUUCAACGCCACCUUCUGGAGGAAAGUGGACGCCUACGGGCGGGAGCGCAUGGCGCACGACGUGGCCAACCUCCGGCAGCGGAACGCAGAGAUGGUGGGCGUUUGUAUCGAGGGCGGCCAGGCCGUGGAGGCGGGGAGCAUUGAGGAGACCGCCAUGAAACCCUGGCAGCCUAUAGGCGAGAAGUCCAUCAUGGGCUACAAUCUGAAAAAGAAUGUGGACAAAACGCACCGUAAACUCUGCCGCAAGAUGCUCACGCCGGAGCUGCAAUACCUCACCGAGCUUGGGGUGAACCUAUGGAUCACCAAACUGUGGGGUCACAUAAGGGAAGUUAUUAACUGGUGAUUCGAGAUGCAGUGUCACACUUAAGAAAGAGGCACUGAAAGUCAACAAAGAGGACAAGUCAUGUUUUAUUUGGCAUAUUCGGUGCUCUUUUUUUAUGCCAUUGACUACUUAGUUCGAAUGCUCCACUUCUUUGAGUUGAUAGGACUGAAACAGGCCCUUGUAGAUCUUUUUACAAAAUUGUAUUUAUUUAUGCAUCACUAAAGACAUAAGGUGCAUCACUGUUAAUCAGGAUAAGGGAAUAGAUUCAAACACUGUGGUGGAGGACUGUUCGCAAAUUGGAGAUGAAUUGGUGUAAAGUAGAUAUAUCAUAACAAAUGAAGAUAAAUUCAUAUAUUAGCAUUUUCUACAGAAAACAUGUAGUAAUUCUCUCCCCAAAAUGAAUCACUAACAAAAUGGAUACUUGUCAAGUCAAAAUUGUUCUAAUUGUGGUUCAUUUCCUAUUGUCACUAUGUGGAAAAGCUUUCAACGUGGUGAGAUUAGUGAUGCAACUGUACACUGGAAAGCACAAGCGCAACAGUCUAAGUGUGGUUGAGGACCAACGUAUGAUACGCCAGGUGUAUUUGGUAUGAAAGCAAGGAGCUGUCCUGUUUGAUGUAUUCUUUACCUAUGAUAAAAUAAACUCAUGUGUUCUGUGUAA